AAUUAAGUUUUGGUUUUGCGCGUCGCUGGCGCUCGCGCUGAGCAGAGGCGGCGGCUCGAGGAAGGGCCUGGCAUGGUGAUCGGGAAAAGAUGGUGUUCGAGGCUCUGGUGGUUGAGGUUCUGAAUCGUUUCCUUGGAGAUUACGUUGUGAACUUGGACUCCUCGCAGCUGCAGUUAGGAAUCUGGGGAGGAGACGUGGUAUUCAAUAAUCUGGAAGUAAAAGAAAAUGCAUUUUGCGAGCUGCAAGUUCCAUUCCAAGUUAAAGCUGGACAUAUUAGUAAACUUGAACUGAAGAUACCAUGGAAGAAUCUUUAUGCACAAGCAGUAGAAGCUACAUUAGAUGGAGUCUAUUUGCUCGUUGUUCCAUGUGCCAGUGUUGAAUAUGAUGCCAAAAAAGAGGAAUUGCAGCUUCAGGAAGUCAAACAGAGGGAAUUGCAAAGAAUUGAAGAAGCUAAGCAGAAGGUUGCUGACAAAGAAAAUCCUAAAGAAGGAAAACAAGACACGUUCAUUGAAAAGUUAAUUACUCAGGUUAUUAAGAAUCUGCAGGUGAAAAUUACCAACAUCCAUAUCCGUUAUGAAGAUAAUAUCACAAAUUACAACCACCCAUUGUCAUUUGGAAUUUCACUUCAGAAUUUAAGUCUUGAGACUACAGAUGAACGAUGGAAUCCGUGUUUACAUGAUCAAUGUGAGCACGUCUUCAAUAAGCUUGUCCGAUUAGACUACCUCUGUGCAUAUUGGAAUGUCAACACCAAAAUGUAUUCUUAUACCAGUCAGACUGAGGCCUUGGAACUCUUGAAAGGUGGAGUUUCAACAAGUGACUUCAUUCCAAGGGAAUAUCAGUUCAUUUUCCAGCCAAUAUCUGCAAAAGCCAAACUUGAAAUGAAUCCCCGAGCAGAAGUUGACUUUGCAUCACCAAAGGUAAACUUGGAAGUAGACCUCCAAGGUAUAACCAUUGAACUCAAGAGACCUCAGUAUCUUAGCAUCAUGGAGCUGCUUGGAUCUAUUGAUAUGAUGACACGAAAUCUACCGUACAGGAAAUAUAAGCCAAAUGUUCCUUGUUGCAGUAAUCCUAGUGCAUGGUGGACAUAUGCUAUAAAUAGUGUAUUGAAAGAGAACAUAAAGCCUAGGCUUGAAGGAUGGUCUUGGAAACACAUUCGAAUGCACCGGCUAAAAAUCAAAAAUUACAGGCAGCUCUACAAAUCAAGGAUUACAUCCAGGAAACCAGAUGAAGAACUUAUCAGCACACUUGAGGAGCUUGAAAAAGAGCUGGAUUUGUUCAAUAUUACACUUGCAAGACAACAGGCAGAAGUGGAGGCAAUGAAAGCAGGGUAUAAGAUUUACAGACCUGGUUCAAAGGUUGAGGAAGAUGACUCUGGUGGAUGGUUUGCUUGGGCUUGGAGCUGGGCAGCAGUCAAAGAGGAGAAACCACGGGAUUCAAAAUCUGGAAUUGACUUAUUGAUGACACCCGAAGAGAAAUCUAAACUCUAUACUGCAAUUGGAUAUAGUGAAGCUGCAGUGGAUCCUACAAUGCCAAAAAGGUAUGAGGCAGUGAAACUUUCUGUGAAGCUAUUGAGUAUGUCUUUGUGCAUCAAAGAAGAGCAGGACAAGCCAGAGAUAAUGAAAUUUUCUGUGAUCAACUUAAGCACAAAGGUAACCCAGAGACCAGGAGCACAAGCAAUUAAGUUUGAAGCAAUGAUAAGAAGACUUGAAGUGACUGGACUUCCUUGGGAAAUGCAGAGACCGUUACUACUUACUUCAGGAAAUAUUAAGAAUGAAAGUGAAGAUACUCUGCUCCAGAUUAUGUUUGAAACCAAUCCAUUAGAUGAAAAAGCGGAUCAGCGGAUGAGGGUGGAGUCGCGUCCUCUUGAAAUUGUGUAUGAUGCAAGAACUGUGAACAGUUUAGUGGAUUUUUUUCGACCACCCAGUGAUGUGCAGCUGGAAGAGCUAACGUCAGCAACUUUGAUGAAACUUGAGGAAUUCCGUGAUAAAACUGCAACAGGUUUGAUGUACAUUAUUGAGACACAGAAGGUCCUGGACUUGAAAGUUAACCUUAUGGCUUCUUAUAUUAUUGUUCCACAAAAUGGUUUUUAUGACAAAUUUGCCAACUUACUAGUUCUUGAUCUUGGUAAUUUAAAGAUGGUCAGUAAAAGUCGUGCAAAUAUGCCACAAAUCACAGCUGGAGAAAGCACAUUGGAGGAUAUCAUGGCCAGAGCCUAUGACUGUUUUGAUGUACAGCUGAGUAGUGUUCAACUUCUCUAUGCUGCACCAGAGGAGGACUGGAAGACAGCUCGAAAAAGAAAAGAAUCCUCUCAGCACAUCCUGCAACCCAUGGAUUUAAAACUUGAAUUUUGUAGAGCAAUGGUGGUCUCUGAUGCAAGAAUGCCAAAAUUUAAAGUUUAUGGUGGGCUUGCUUUACUAUCUGUUCGCAUCUCAGACCAAAAGCUUAGAGGAGUUUUAGGCUUGAUAGAUAGCAUUCCUACACCAGAAAGUCGUUCACCAUCACAACAGCCAUCUUUAAAAUCCAGACAGAAACUGUCUCCUGAUAUGACACCACAGUCUGUGCAAAAAAGAGCACUACGUAAGGAUCUGUACUCUUCUGUUCUCAGUAUGACAGAUUCUGAUGAUGAGUUCUAUGAUGCUCUCAGCUCUCCAGUGGAUGCACCAGCAGACUUACCAAGUAGUGAUAUUUCAUUAAAGAGAUCCGAAUCAUUACGCCAGAAACAGUUGAAAAAACAAGAAUCAAUGAAAAAUAUGACUGAGUUCCAAUUGGAGUUUGAAAUAACAAAGAUGCUACUUGGAAUUUUUCGUCACGUAGAGGGUACUGAAAAUCUUGUGUUGGAGUUGGACAUACUAGGACUUGGUACAGAACUGAAAUUGAGAACAUAUGAUAUGACUUCGCAUACGUAUCUCAAAGAAGUCAGCUUAAAAUGUCCUGAACAGAGAGAUUCUGACAAUAAACCCAUUUAUAUUAUCACCACAUUGGACAACAAAGAAGAUGAUCUUCUUACAAUAGAAUAUGUUAAGGCUGACCGAAAUGGACCAGAGUUCACAACCACCUACAACAAUACAGAGCAACUCAUCAAGGCAAACAUUUCUUCUCUGGAUGUCCAUUUACACACUGAAGCACUGCUGAAUUCUGUUAAUUUCCUGAAGAGUCUUGUACCACAUUCUGAAAGCAAGGUCAGUUCAGAUGAACAAGUCCCUGCCAUUGAGGAGAAAAAGGCCUUCACAAAGAAAAAAUCAUCUUCUAAAAAAUCAACAUAUGAUAUGAUCAACAUUCAUAGUUAUGCAGAAUUGGCACUUCUGAAGAUUUUCAUCAGUGAUCAAAGGAAAAGAAUUGCAGAAGUAAGCAUUGAAGGUCUUGAUGCUGUGGUGGUUUUGAGGAAGGGAUCUACUGAAGUAACAACGAAACUAAAGAAUAUUGUAGUUUUGGAUGCUGAAGAAAAUGCACCAUACAAGAAGGCUGUAUCCCUUACUGGAAAAGAGGUCUUCAGCUUUAAAAUGACUUCUUACGUGGAUGCUACAGAAGGUGCUGCCUAUACUGAUCUGAAUGUGGUUGAUAAUUCUAUUAAAUUGACAGUUGGCUGUAUUCAGGUCAUCUUUGUGAAAAAAUUUGUUUCUUCAUUAUUGGCUUUCAUGAAUACAUUCCAAACUGCCAGGGAAGCUGUGACUGAGGCAACUGUCCAAGCUGCUUCUGGAGUGAAGGAUCUUGCAGAACGGAGCACCAGAAUGUCACUGGAUAUUCAAAUCAAUGCACCUGUAGUUGUUGUUCCGCAGUCUCCUAUUUCUGAAAAUGUUGUUGUUGCAGAUUUUGGUGUUAUUAUUAUACAGAACAAUUUCUCAAUGAUUAAACAAAAAGCUCACAACAAUUUGCCACCAAUCAUUGAUUCCAUGAAAAUAUGGCUACGUGAGCUGAAAUUAUACAGGACAAUGUAUGUGGAUGGGAUUUUUCUCUCUGAAAUUUCAUUGCUUCGGCCUGUUAACCUGGAGGUUGUUGUUGACCGUAACUUAGCUGCAGCUUGGUACCAUGAAAUUCCAGAUAUUAAAAUUCUUGGAAUCUUAAAACCUCUGCAUGUUGUACUCAGCCAAGAAGAUCUGGUCAUUAUUUUGAAAACUCUCAAUGAAAAUUUGGGUGAUAAUUCAGUUGACUCUGUGGCUGCACAGAGUGAUAAAAAGAGAGAUCAUUCAGGCACUGAGAAAGGAAAUCCUUCACAAAAUUCUGCAGGAAGAACUGUGGUAACUGCUGCUGUUGUGGAAACACAAAAACCUGUGAAACUUAAGACAACAUUGAAGUUGGACUUUAGUUUGGAUGAGCUUUCUUUAAUCCUCUACAGUCAACCUUCAAACCCGAUGAAUAUUACAAAAGAGCAGAGAUCUGAUCAGGACAUACUAGCAGAGUUCAAGUUACAUACGUUUUCCACUUCUGUCAAGAUGUUAUCUGAUGGAUCCAUGAAAGCUGACGUGAAACUUUAUAACUGCAUGCUAGAUGACAAACGAAUGGGAAUAGAGAAAGCCACAUCAAGAAUGGUGGAAAUGAAGCUAACAAAUAAGAAGAAUGCAAUGAUCGACUUCAGUUACAAACAAGGAAGAGAAGGCAUGUUUCUAGAUGCAGUUAUACGUGAUAUCUAUGUUUGUGCAAGUAUGGAAUUUCUACUCACAGUGGUUGACUUCUUUGUACAAGCAAAUAAUCAAGUCUCUGCAGUGCAUCCGAACAAACCAACAGCAACACAGACAAAAGAUAGAGGAGAAAGAGUGUCAUCACAAACUACGUCAAAAAUGGAACUCAUUGUUCGUGUUCAGAAUCCAGAGAUCAUCUUUGUAGCAGAUUUGACAAGAGCAGAUGCCCCAUCACUGGUGGUGACAACUCAAUGUGAGGCUGAUAUUAAUAAUGAUAUGGAAAGUCAAAAAAUUACUGCAGCUGUUAAAGAUCUAAAAGUAAUGGUCUGCCCGUUUCUAAAAGGAAAAAGAAAAGAUCAAGUUACUACGGUCCUUCAGCCUUGCAAUUUGUUCUUCCGAAGUACACAACCUGCUUCUGGUCCCAUUGAAGUAGAGCUGGCUGUGAAAUCACUGAUGCUGAAAGUGUCUCCUAUUAUUAUUAACACGGUGAUUACAAUAAUGUCUGCCUUGACUCCAGCUGCUAGUAGUCCACAGGAAAAAUGCAGUGAGAUUCCACUUGACUUGUGGACUAAGAAGGAUGUGAAAAAUUUAAAGUUCUGGUUUUUGGAAGACACAAAUGAUAAUGAGAACAAUGGUAGUCAAGUAAAACAACUAGACACAACAGGAGAGAGCCUAAAAAUGACAGUUGAAUAUGUAUGCCUGACUCUGGAAGCAGGUAUCGGACACAGAACUGUUCCAAUGCUUUUAGCAAAAUCAACUUUUGAAGGAGAUGUGCAGAACUGGAGCACACUCAUUAACCUUAAAUGCCAUCUUAAUUUAGAGGUACAUUACUACAAUGAAGUACUUGCUGUAUGGGAGCCACUACUUGAACCACUAGAGAUUGAAGGCAGUGAUGAAUUUCGACCUUGGGAGCUUGGGAUCAAAAUAAAGAAGAAGGCUAUCAAAGCAAGAAAUGAUGCAGAAAAUGAAGAAGAAAAGCUCCAUACUCCUGCAUAUAAAACAGUUCUUCACGUCUCUUCAAAAGACCAACUCAAUAUUACCAUGUCAAAAUGUGGUUUAACCAUGCUUAAUAAUUUAGCUACGGCAUUUGCUGAAGCUGCUGGUAAAACAAGUGACGUUUUUCAGAAAGACCAAGCACCUUUUGCAAUAAAGAAUUCUCUUGGAAUUGAUGUUACAAUUUAUCCUAGUGACUCAUUUGUUGUCAUCAAUAGAACAUCACCAAAAAUGCAUUAUGAACUUAAAGAUGGAGAGAUUCUUGAUAUGGAUUACCAGCGGACCACAAAUGAACAGGAGCUUCUAUCAAACUUAACUAAUGCAAGCAGCAAAUUGUUUUACAUUUCACUAACUCCUCAGGGCCACACUGCAGCUGACAAAAUUCCACUGAUUAAGUUGGGUCGCCGUUUGUACACCAUUACACACGAGGAAUCAAUUGUUGAGCGAGCCAUUAUAUGCCAGAUUGAUGCAGUGCAAGGAAGCAAGAGAAUAACAAUUCGUUCUCCUGUUCAGAUAAAAAAUCAUUUUUCAUUACCUUUCAAUGUGUUUGAAGAUAUGGAAUCAGAUUUGAAGAUGCUUGGUAAAAUUCAGCCAAAUGAAGAAUUCAAUGUGCCUUUGCUUUCUUACAGAUCAGCUCUCCGUUUACAAUUAAUAAUGAAGAACAAGGAACCAUAUGCUCCCUGUGAAACUAUCACUUUUGGUCAUUUAAAUACAAAUACUAAAGUUGUAUUUAAGCGUGAGUGCUGUUUUGUUGGGAACAAUGAGCAGGACCCAAUGAUGAUCAAUAUAGUUGCAGUACAUGACACACUGACAUCUGACAAUCCUGAUGAAGACAAGAAUGCAUAUGUGCUCCAUUUGUGGCCUACUGCAAUUCUUCAAAACCUUCUGCCUUGUAUGGUUGAUGUAUGCCUAACUGAGGGAAGUGUGGAACGAACCUUGAAGGUCGACGAAGGAAAUUCUGCCCAGCUUCAUGAUGCUGUAUUGGACAAGUCUAAGUUGACACUCACUAUUGAUUAUUUGGGCCAUAAUUGGUCAGGAGAAUACAGCAUCAAAAGCAACCAAACUGACAUUGAAUUAAUCAAAUUUAAAACACACGAUGAUGAAAAGAGUGAAAUAGACAUUGCAAUCCUUGUGACGAGCAACGUUGGAUACACUUUGUUGACAUUGCAUAGUCCAUAUUGGAUGAUAAAUAAAACUGGGAGGAUGCUUCAGUAUAAAGCUGAUGAUGUCCACCGUAAGCAUCCUUUGGAUUACAGAAAACCUUUGCUAUUUUCUUUUGGAUCAAAAUGUAUUUUCCAAAAGAACAAGGUUCAGCUAAAGAUAACUGACAGCGAAUUGUCAGAUUGGUUUUCUCUGAACACUGUGGGUAGUUAUGGCUCUGUUAAAUGCAAAGGACCAAAAAAGGAUUAUCAGGUUGGUGUGAGGAUAGACACCAGCAGCUUCAACCUAACAAAAAUUGUGACCUUCACACCAUUUCACAUGAUCAUCAAUCGAACGAAAUACAGAAUAGAAGUAACUGAAGAGUGUGAUGCGAAGUGGCUAAGUAUUGAUUCAAACCAGUGCAUCCCCUUCUGGCCUGCCAGAGAUUCUGAAAAGUUAGUCGUUCGGGUUGAAGGAUGCAGUGCGCAACCACAAAAAUUUUACUUCAACAAACAAGAAAAUUGUCUUUUACUUCGUCUGGAUAAUAAGUUCGGAGGCAUCAUAGUGGAAGUACACUUGGCAGAACAUUCUACCUUGGUUACUUUUAAGGAUUACCAUGAAGGGGCUGCUCCAUUCCUCGUUAUUAACCAUACAGGCACAAGCACAAUUGAAUAUCAUCAGAGCAAUUCAACUCGAAAGAAGUAUCAAUUGGAGCCAGGUGAAGCAUCUUACUAUACCUGGGAAGAGCCAACAGAACCAAAGCUGUUGAAGUGGCAUUGCCAAUGUGAGGAUAUAGGUGGAGAACUAAGCAUGGUAAAGGAUGAUCUUCCAAGGAAUCAUGGGGCUUUUUAUGUAGAAUCCUUCUUUGAGGGAUUGCAGAGAAUCAUUCUAUUCACAGACGAUGAGAGAACAUUCAGAUUGGCUCACGAAAGUGAGAAAGCAGAAAUAGCAGACCAGGAAAUGAUCCUGUCUUUACAGAACUUGGGAAUUUCUUUGGUUAAUAAUUCAACAAAGCAAGAAGUGAUCUACAUUGGUAUAACAAGUUCUGAUGUUAUUUGGGAAAGUAAGCCCAAAGAAAAAUCACGCUGGAAACAAAUGAGUAGGAAGCAAACAGCUCAGCUGGAAAAGGUUUAUAAAGACUAUAUAGAGACAUCACCUCAUGAGAGCUACAUUGUUGAUCUUCCCUGUGAUGUUAAGGCUCUUCUAACUCCCACUGGUGCAGACAUGAAACUUGUACAACCUUCUGAAGUGCAAAUAAGAAGAAAUUAUCAACCAGCUAUAAAAAUAGAAUACACAAUUUCAGCUCAUCAGAGAUCUCUCAGAAUGCAGGUUUUCAAGAUUCAGAUUCAAAACCAGCUUUCUGGAGCCAUCUUUCCUUUUCCAUUUUAUCCUGUUACUCCCCCCAAGUCCAUCGCCAUGGAUUCAGCACCAAAACCUUUUGCUGAUGUUAGUAUCAUCAUUAGAUCUGCAGGGCAGUCUGAAAUAUCUCGUUUCAGAUAUUUUGUAGUGUUAAUUCAAGAAAUGGAUCUAAAGCUGGAUCUUGGUUUUCUUUAUGCCCUCAUGGAACUCUUCAACCAAUCAACAGAUACAGUUAUUGCAGAACAACAGCUGGAGCUAUUUAAAAAAGACCUUGAGUAUGUUCAAACAGAACUGUUGACUGAAUCUGCCAAUGAUACUUCACCGAUCAGUCUAUAUGAAUAUUUCCAUAUUUCUCCUAUCAAACUACAUCUGAGUUUUUCUAUCAGUUCGGGAAGUGAAGAAAGUAACAAACAGCAAGAAACAGAAUUGGUCCCGAUCCAAUCUCUGAAUCUUUUGUUAAAAAGCAUUGGAGCAACUCUCACUGAUGUACAAGAUGUUGUCUUCAAGCUUGCAUGUCUUGAAAUCCAGCAUCAAUUUUAUACAACACAACAGCUUCAAUGGGAGGUCAUCCGACAUUAUUCUAAACAGGCAAUCAAACAAUUAUAUGUCCUUGUUCUUGGACUCGAUGUCUUGGGCAAUCCUUUUGGGUUAAUCAGAGAUAUAUCAGAAGGAGUAGGAGCAUUUUUCUAUGAACCUUAUCAGGGAGCAAUUCAAGGACCUGAAGAAUUUGUGGAAGGAAUGGCCUUGGGUGUAAAGGCUUUAGUUGGUGGUGCUGUUGGUGGUAUUGCAGGUGCUGCAUCUAGGAUAACUGGCGCAAUGGCAAAAGGUGUAGCUGCUAUAACGAUGGAUGAAGAAUACCAGCAGAGACGUAGGGAGGCCAUGAAUAAGCAGCCAAGUGGAAUUAAAGAAGGAAUUACACGUGGAGGAAAAGGCUUAGUAUCGGGUUUUGUCAGUGGAAUCACUGGAAUAGUGACAAAGCCAAUCAAAGGUGCACAGAAGGAAGGUGCAACUGGUUUUUUUAAGGGAAUUGGCAAAGGCCUGGUUGGAGCAGUGGCAAGACCGGCUGGAGGCAUUAUAGACUUGGCCAGCAGCACUUUUCAAGGGAUAAAAAGUGCAACAGAAUCAUCAGAAGAAGUUGAGAGCCUCCGACCACCUCGAUUUAUUCAUGAAGAUGGAGUAAUUCGUCCAUACAGGCUGAGAGAAGCAGAUGGCAUGCAGAUCCUUCAGUUGAAAAGAUGCAUUCUGGAAAACUCAUAGGGAUGGACAGCGUGCCUGUAUUCUAGAACAUUUCCAACUAAAAUGCAUGCAAGUUACACAAAUCAAAGAAGGCUGAGAAGAGAAUAUUGCAGAAAAUAUUCCUAGUGUAGGACAUUAUUUUGUUCUCUUAGUACUGGUUUGCUUCCACAUUUGCAGGUUUAAUUUAGCUGAUGUUCCUGUCUUCUAUUGCUGUUUUUAAUUUAUUAAGUGUUGUAGUUUGUAUUUAAAAGAACUUCAGGUAAUUGUACAAUUGUGAAGGUGCUGUAAUAAAACCUUUGUCCAAUUUCUAUAGCUCUAUUCAUGUCACUUAUCAUACUGCUUCAAUAUUUCCUGUUAACUUUAAUCUUGUUGCUUUUUAAUUCAUAAUAGUACUGCAUUUAAUAAAACAAAAUGUGCAAAAAUGGUUUUACAGUUUCUACUUAGGCUGUAUGAAGUUAUGAAUCUGUAACACCUUACCUACUCCAAUAUUGUACACUUCAUUACAAAUUCAUUAAUUCAAUGUAAACAUGGCAUGUUUUAAAAUUUUGACUAUCUUUAACCUAGGAUUAUAUGAGGUGUGCAGUGGUAAGGAAGCCAAUCUUAAAUAAUAAUUCUGAGAUAAGUGCUUUUUCCAAAGAUCUAUGCAUUGAGGUAGCUGCUCUCCUAAUUUUUGCUGCCUGAUUUUAUUUCAAUUACUUUAGCCUUCUCAUGAAUUGUAGAAGUAGCCUUAUAUUGUGUGAAAUGAUCAGAAGAGACUCAUUAACAGCACUGCAGAGCUAAAGAUGAUGUCCCAGUCCAUCGAUUAAAACAUUAUAUUCUUUCUUUUAAAAAAAAAUGAAAGAAUUGCCCAAAGGCUUUUAAGAAGGAAAUCUAAUAAGGAACCCUUAUAUUUCUUCACUGAUAUUUUAAGCAAGUUAGUUCUCAUUAUGGUAAUUAAUAGUUAAUAUGUUACGCAUCUUAAUACUAAUAAGCAUGGUGGUUGUACAAAUGUUACCAUAUAAAUGCUACUAAAUAAUUGCAGGAUUUUACUUUGUGUUAAUAGAAAGCACAUUAGUACUUUCAAGAGUUUUUGAUGUACCAUAUACCCAAAAAGAGAAAAAAACUAAAAAUUAAAUGAACAUAUUAUAGAACUUAAAACAGUAGAACACUGUACAGGCCCUGCAGCUCAGGCUGUGUCAGCUUUUUAGCCUUAUCGUUAUCCUUGCAGAUUGGAAUUUGUUGGUCAGGAAAUCACAGGUCCAAUUGCCAAAGCAGGUGAACUGUGAAAAGAGUUUGCUUUGAAUUAUGAGAUGGAAGGCUGAGCUGUAGUGAUUUAAAAAGGAAUCUGAUAUAUGUGACUUUGUUAUCCAGAUGUCCCUGAAAUGAUUGCAGAGCUAGGAAGAGGCAUUUGCUGUGGACCUGUUUCAUUUGUUGGUGAAUGCAUCAAGGUUGCCUAGGAGCUGGAGUUGAUGUGUGCCAUGGCCAGUCUCUUGAAGCAUUUCCUUGAUGGUGAAUGUCAGAGCUGCAGAUGACAACAAGGCAGGUUAAUAUAGAAACAUAGAAAACCUACAGCACAAUACAGGCCCUUUGGCCCACAAGGUUGUGCCGAACAUGUCCGUACCCUAGAAAUUACUAGGCUUACCUAUAGCCUUCUAUUUUUCUAAGCUCCAUGUACCUAUCCAAAAGUCUCUUUAAAAACCCUAUCGUAUCCGCUCCACCACCUUUGCCGACAGCCCAUUCCACGCACUCACCACUCUCUGAGUAAAAAAACUUACCCCUGACAUCUCCUCUGUACCUACUCCCCAGCACCUUAAACCUGUGUCCUCUUGUGGCAACCAUUUCAGCCCUGGGAAAAAGCUUCUGACUAUCCACACGAUCAAUGCCUCUCAACAUCUUAUACAUCUCUAUCAGGUCACCUCUCAUCCUCUGUUGCUCCAAGGAGAAAAGGCUGAGUUCACUCUACUUGUUUUCAUAAGGCAUGCUCCCCAAUCCAAGCAACAUCCUUGUAAAUCUCUUCUGCACCCUUUCUAUGGCUUCCAUAUCCUUCCUGUCGUGAGGCGACCCAAACUGAACACAGUACUCCAAGUGGGUCUGAAGAGGGUCCUAUAUAGCUGCAACAUUACUACUUGGCUCCUAAAUUCAAUUCCAUGAUUGAUGAAGGCCACUACACCAUACGCCUUCUUAACCACUGAGUCAAACUGCGCAGCUGCUUUGAGCGUCCUAUGGACUCGGACUUCAAGAUCCCUCUGAUCCUCCACUCUGCCGAGAGUCUUACCAUUAAUACUAUAUUCUGCCAUCAUAUUUGACCUACCAAACUGAACCACCUCACACUCAUCUGGGUUUAACUCCAUCUGCCAUUUCUCAGCCCAGCUUUGUAUCCUAUCAAUGUCCGCUGUAACCUCUGACAGCCCUCCACACUAUCCACAGUACCUCCAACCUUAGUGUCAUCAGCAAACUUACUAACGCAUCCCUCCACUUCCUCAACCAGGUCAUUUAUAAAACUCACGAAGAGUAAGGGUCCCAGAACAGAUCCCUGAGGCACUCCACUGGUGACCAACCUCCAUGCAGAAUAUGACCCAUCUACAACCACUCUUUGCCAUCUGUGGUCAAGCCAGUUCUCGUUCCACAAAGCAAUGUCCCCUUGGAUCCCAUGCCUCUUUACUUUCACAAUAAGCCUUGCAUGGGGUACCUUAUCAAAUGCCUUGCUGAAAUCCAUAUACACUACAUCUACUGCUCUACCUUCAUCAAUGUGUUUAGUCACAUCCUCAAAAAAUUCAAGCAGGCUCGUAAGGCACGACCUGCCCUUGACAAAGCCAUGCUGACUAUUCCUAAUCAUAUUAUACAUCUUCAACUGUUCAUAAAUCCUGCCUAUCUGGAUCUUCUCCAUCAACUUACCAACCACUGAGGUAAGACUCAAUGGUCUAUAAUUUCCUGAUCUAUCUCUACUCCCUUUCUUGAAUAAAGGAACAACAUUCGCAACCCUCCAUUCCUCUGGAACCUUUCUUAUCCCUAUUGAUGAUGCAAUGAUCAUCGCCAGAGGCUCAGCAAUCUCCUCCAUGGCCUCCCAUAGUAGCCUGGGGUACAUCUUGUCCAGUCCCGGUGACUUAUCCAACUUGAUGCAUUCUAAAAUCUCCAGCACAUCCUCUUUCUUAAUAUCUACAUGCUCAAGCUUUUCAAUCUGCUGCAAGUCAUCACUAUUAUCACCAAAAGCCUUUUCCAUAGUGAAUAUUGAAGUAUUCAUUGAGUUACCUCUGCUAUUUCCUCCAGUUCCAUACACACUUCCCCACUGUCACAUUUGAUAGGUACUAUUCUUUCAUGUCUUAUCUUCCUAUUCUACACAUACUUGUAGAAUGCCUUGGGGUUUUCCUUAAACCUGCCCGCCAAGGCCUUCUCACGGCCCAUUCUAGCUCUCCUAAUUUCCUUCUUAAGAUCCUUCCUGUUAGCCUUAUAAUCUUGUAGAUCGCUAACGUUACCCAGCACUUUGAACCUUUUGUAAGCUUUUCUUUUCUCCUUGACCAGAUUUAUUACAGCCCUUGUACACCACGGUUCCUGCACCCUACCAUAACUUCCCUGUCUGAUUGGAACGUACCUAUGCAGAACUUUACACAAAUAUUCCCUGCACAUUUGUCACAUUUCUUCCGUAUUUUUCCUUGCUAACAUCUGUUUCCAAUUUAAGCUUCCAAUUUCCUGUCUGAUAGCCUCAUGAUUCCCCUUACUCCAAUUAAAUGCUUUUCUAACUUGUCUGUUCCUAUCUCUCUCCAAUGCUAUGGUAAAGGAGAUAGAAUUAUGAUCACUAUCUCCAAAAUGCUCUUUCACUGAGAGAUCUGACACAUGACCAGGUUCACUUACCAAAACCAUAUCAAGUACAGCCUCUCCUCUUUAGGUUUAUCUAUAUAUUGUGUCAAGAAACCUUCCUGAACACACCUAACAAAUUCCACCCUAUCUAAACCCCUUGCUCUGGGGAGAUGCCAAUCUAUAUUUGGGAAAUUAAUAUCUCCCAUCACGACAACUCUGUUAUUAUUACACCUUUCCAGGAUCUGUUUCUCUUGAUAUCCCUGUUACUAUUGGGCGGCCUAUAUAAAAAAAACACCCAGUAAAGUUAUUGACCCCUUCCUGUUCCUAAUCUCCACCCACAGAGAUUCCGUAGACAAUCCCUCCAUGACGUCCACCUUUUCUGCAGCCGUGACACUAUCUCUGAUCAACAGUGCCACUCCCCCACCUCUUUUGUCUCCCUCCCUGUCCUUUCUGAAACAUCUAAAACCUGGCGCUUGAAGUAACCAUUCCUGUCCCUGAACCAUCCAACACAUCAUAACUCCAAGUACUGAUCCACGCUCUAAGCUCAUCCGCUUUGUUCACCACACUCCUUGCAUUAAAAUAGAGUGUGUCCCUUCUCUAUCACUUGCCUACCAUCCCUCACAUGCUAUCUCCUAUCUUUCUCUAUUUGAGAGCCAGACGCCUCUUCCCCAGUCUCUUCAGUUUGGCACCCAGGAACAUUUCUAUCAAAUACAAACCUUUGAUUUCUGUCCACACAAGCAGUCGUUGCAUGACCUUUAUCCUCCUCCACCUCACUAUCUGCUCUAACACUCUGGUUCUCCUCCCCCUGUAAGUCUAAGUCCCCUGAAUCAGCACUAGCUAACCUACCCGCAAGGAUGUUAGUCUCUUUCUAGUUCAGGUGCAAACCGUCCCGUCGGGACAGGUCCCUCCUUUCCUGGAAAAAGCCCAAUUGUCCAGAAAUAUGAAGCCCUCCCUCCUGCACCAUCUCCUUAGUCACAUAUUUAGCUGCAUUAUCUUCCUAUUUCUAGCCCCACUAGCACGUGGCACGGGGAGCAAUCCUGAGAUUGCAUCCCUGGAGGUCCUGUCCUUUAACUUUGCACCUAACUCCCUAAACUCUUUUUGCAGGACCUCCUCCUCCUUCCUAUCCAUGUCAUUGGUCCCUACAUGGACCACGACAUCUGGCUGCUCACCCUCCAUCCUGAGAAUACCAAGAACUCGAUCCGAGAUAUUGCUGACCCUGGCACCAGGGAGGCAACAGACCAUCCAGAAUUCUCGAUCUCUCCCACAAAACCUCUUACCUGCCCCCCCAACUAUCGAAUCCCCUAUCACUACUGCUCUCCUCUUUUCCCUCCUUCCUUUCUGAGCUGAGGGUCCAGUCUCAGUGCCAGAGAUGCUACCACUACAACUUGUCCCUGGUAGGUCGUCCCCACCAACAAUAUCCAAAAUGGUAUACUUAUUAUUGAUGGGAACAGCCACAGGGGUGCUCUGCUCUUUCUGUCUAUUCCCUUUCCCUCUCCUGACAGUCACCCAGUUACCUGCCUCCUGACUUUUAGGUGACUAUCUCCCUGAAACUCUUGUCUAUUUCUGUCUCUGCCUCACGAAUGAUCCAAAGUUCAUUCAGCUCCAGUUCCAGUUCCCUAACUCGGUUUGUCAGGAGCUGCAGCUGGAUGCACUUUUUACAGGUGUAGUCAUCAGGGACAAUUGUGCUGUUCCUGACUUCCCACAUCCUGCAUACAGAGCACUCGACUGCCCUAACUGCUCCCUCCAUUACCUAUUCCUGUUAAUUAAAUUAAUUAAAGGAACUUACCCGGCCUUACCUCACUUGGAACAAGCUCGUCCUCAGCCUCUCGAGCCAAAGCCUCAAAGCUCCACUCCUACCCUGAGCUAUUCACACCACUCCUCUUCAGUUACCCAUCCUUUUAUUUAUCCCUGCCAAUUACCUCACAAGCUCUUUGCUCCUCUUCUUCCUGCUGCAACAGUUUCUCAAUCACACUGUCCUGAGUACCUGCUGCGCAUGCCUUUUUAAAGCACUAAAUAUAGCUAUUAAUAAACUAUAUGGUACAUGCCAUUGUAAGUUAAAACAUACAAAACCCAAGUUGUCAAAUCCAUAAGAAAACCCUAAUUCAGUCCCUGUUGGAGUAUUGUGUUAAUUCUUAGACACUGCACAUAAGAAGGAAAUUAAGAUUUUGUGGAAGGUACAAUACAGAUUAGUGGUAUAGUUCUGGGAUUAAGGGAUUGGUUAUUUAGAAAGUCUAUAAAAUUCAGACUUUUUAGGGGGAAAAAAGUUGAUGGCUUUUUUUUGUUGCAUGUGUCAGAGGGUCGUGAGCAAGUAAACAGAUUUUCUGUGGCUAAAAGAACAGAGCACAGAUUUUAGAUGUUUAGCAAAAAUAUGAUGAAAAUUAUUUUACAUAAUGGGUAGUUAUAGUUUGUAAAACUCUGCUUUAUAGAAUGCUACAUGCAGUUUUAAUAUAGAAUUUAGAAGAAAUUAUUUAAACGUAAGGGAGAAAAAAGAUGAUAAAAAUUGCUUUUUGAUUUUAAAGAAAUGUUCAGGGCGAGAUUGGGUAUUGUAAUAGAAGUGAAAACAUGUUGAUUGUAUGAUUUUUUUCUGGAUUUUAAAAUAUGCUUUUUAUUGGACUUUGAGACUUGCUUGAAUGUUAAGCACUUGCAGCUUCUCUUUGGUUUACUUGAAUGAGGAUAUUUCAGGGUAUGGAACCUGGGAAUUAGCCAGAGGGUAGUGAAUCUGGAAUUUAUUCCUACAGAUGACUAUGGAGGCCAAGUCAUUAGUUAUAUUUAAAACAGAGAUUGAUAGGUUCUUGAUUAGUAAUAGUGUCAAAGGUUAUGGAAAAAGCCAGUAGAAUGGGGUUGAAAGGGAUAACAUAUCAGCUAUGAUUGAAUGGUGGAGCAGACUUGAUGGACCAAAUGGCCUGCUCUGCUCCUAUGUCAUAUAGUCUUGUGUGGAAUAGUGGAAUCGCUGUAUCGAGUUUGCUCUAUUAAAGGGCUGGAGACAAAAACUACUUCCUGUUCUGUACCAGAGUGCAAUUCCAUAAUGAAAAUUAAAACAGUUAUUUUUAACAAUUGUGAACAGUUUUAAAAGUACAUUACUAAAUGUUCCUCAGCAAUGAAAUUCAAAAAAAGAGUUUUGGCCUUUUUCUUAAAAUUCUGUCUCUUUUUGUUC